AUGGGCGGGAUCUGGAAGACGCACGUCGGACGCUGGGUGCCGGUCGUCGUCGUCGUUGUCGCGGCCGUCAGACUCGGCCUCGUUACGCUUUCUGUGGCCGUAGCGAGGGAGUCGUCGCUUGUUGUAGGGGCAGAGGAGGAGGAAGAGGAAGAGAAAGAGGCUCUUUCCGGUGGGUGGAAGCAGCCUGCGGCUUCGCUUUUGCCGCAGGUCUUGGAGGAGCCGUGGCAGCAGACGCCGUCGGGCGGCAUGCAGCCUUCCCAGCAGGGGAUCGUGGACCCGGGGCAGACUGUGCCGUCGUCGAUGGGUGGUUGGGAUGGAGAAGGGGUGGGUGUUGACUGGGAGGUUGCUGCUGCGGUGAAGGCGAGGAAGAGGAAGAGGAGGGAUGUAGAGCUUGAGAGGAGCAUUUUGGUCAAGUUGUGUGGCGCGUUCUUGGGAGUAUCAGGAAGAUUUUCAGAUGGCGUGAAGGUUUGGGUGAUCGAGAUGCGUUCUUGUGAGCUUCUCACCGACGGCAAGAUUGGCGAGGCUCCCUCUUUAUACGGUCUCGAAGGCGGCACGCUGUACAAUGAGUAGUGAAUCACA